AUGAAGAUCUCGACCAUAUCCUCCUUCCUUGGUGCCACUGCGGUCGCCCAUGCUCAGUGGUGGGCUGGGGCUCCGGACUGCGCUCACGAGUGUUUCUCAUCGUGGUGGUCGUCGUCCUCCGCCUGGCCCGCGCCCACCAGUUACUGCUCCGCGACCCAGGGCGCCUCCGUCUCGAGCUGCAUCAGCUCGGCCUGCCAGGCGACGCCGACGGCCCUGACGUCGUACAGCUCUCUGUCGUCCUCCCUCUGCUCCCAGUGGUCCUCGUGCAGCGCGGCCGGAUCCACCGGCGUGUACACCGUCUCUGUUCCAGCGUACACCGGCAACUGGAACGGCCCAGCCGGGGGCCGCCCCGGCGGCGGCGGAGGCGGCCCGUGGCGCGGCGGCGGCGGCGGACCGGCCAGCGCGGUCCAGUCGGCCUGGAGCCAGUGGACGCGCACCUGGACGGGCGGCACCUACACGGUGACGGGCUGCGAGUGGAACGGCAACCCGUGGGCGGGCGGGCCCGGCGGCUGCGGGCCCGGCGGCGCGGCCGGCUCGCCGUGGGGGCCCUGGGGCAGCGGCUGGACCUGGACGACGGUCACGCAGACCGUCACCCAGGUCGUCACGAUCACGAGCAGCGACGGGGCCACCGCGCUGUCCACCUCCGUCGGCCUGGCCGCCGUCGCGCAGGCCGUCAGCGGCGAUGUCACCAGCACGAGCGUGAUCGGGCCGGCGGGCACGGCGGCCGGGUCCGGGAACGGCGGUGGCGCGAGCGCCACCGCGGGCUCGACGGGGGAUGCACCGGGCAGGGAUGAGGCUCUCCGGGUGAAGGUGAUGGGUGCCGUGUUGGGCGGUGUGGUGGCCGUUGCUGCGCUGCUCUGA